CGUUUAAAAUUUAGUUUGAUUUGUUCAUCGCUAAAUGACUACGUAUCCUAGAUAUUUGCAAACGAUACAUUGCGUGAGCAAUUUUUAUUAAAAUUUAUUGUUUAUAGAACUUGUGUAUAUGAAAUGCCUAUACAUGCCAUGUGGUUAUGUUGAAGUAGAUUAAUCGUAUAAAUCAAUUUCUCCAAUAAAAGCUUGUCACGGGUCGUCAUUACUCAUAGUCAUUCACAAUUUCCUAUUUGAUUAAAUAAAAAGAUUAUAAUAUGGCAGUAAAGAAGAGAGUGCUUAUGAUUUGUUUAGGGAAUAUUUGUCGUUCACCUAUAGCAGAGGCUGUGUUUAUUGAUCAAAUGAAUAAAUUAGGUGUAAGUGAUUCAUGGGAAGUAGAAAGCGCUGCUCUCAUAGGAUACCAUACAGGUAAAAACCCGGAUCAUAGGGCUAUGUCUACACUGAGAGAAAAGGGCAUCAUAAAUUAUUCACAUAAAGCAAGACCAAUUACUAAAGAAGACUUUACUAAAUUUGAUUGGAUAUUUGGAAUGGAUAAUAGUAACAUUGAAGAACUAAAUAACAUGAAACCGAAAAAUUGUACUGCUAAAAUUGAACUUCUUGGAAGUUAUGAUCCACAAGGAGAAGUUAUAAUAAGAGAUCCUUACUAUGAUAGUGGCAGUGCUGGAUUUCAUAAAGCAUAUGAACAAUGUAUACGAAGCGUGAAGGCAUUCUUAGAAAAGCAUAAAGAGAGCAAUUUAUGAUCAAAAUGAAUUAGAGAAGGAAUUGUUUCAAAGAUUAUUAAAAUAUUGUAUAUUUCAACAUUUGUGAAAAAUAAUAAACAUUCAUUAUAAUUCUAGA